GAACUUGUUCGUGUUUGCGUCACUGGCGCCGCGGGCCAAAUUGCUUAUUCGCUGCUCUUCUCCAUCGGCCGCGGUGACAUCUUUGGCGAAGACCAGCCCGUCAGUCUUCAGUUGUUGGAUAUCCCACCCAUGUUGGGCGUGCUCGAGGGUGUCGUGAUGGAGUUGAACGACUGCUCCUUCCCAUUGGUUAAGAACAUCGUGGCAACCGCAGACCCGGCUGAGGCUUUCCUGGAUUGUGAUGCGGCCAUCCUGGUUGGCGCUGUCCCGCGCCGCGAAGGCAUGGAGCGCAAGGAUCUUUUGCAGCAAAAUGCCAAGAUCUUCAAGAUGCAAGGCCAAGAUUUGGAUCGCGUCGCCAAAAAGUCGGUCAAGGUGUUGGUGGUGGGCAACCCAUCGAAUACCAAUGCCAUGAUCACAGCCCAGUAUGCGCCCUCCAUCCCCAAGUCACAAUUCUCCUGCCUGACUCACCUGGACUUGAACCGAGCCAAAGGCUUUGUGGCCCGCCGCCUUGGUGUCAACCCAGAACAGGUCAAGAACGUCAUCAUCUGGGGCAAUCAUUCGGCCACUCAGUACCCAGAUGUUAGCCAUGCCUACGUGGCCAACCCAGACGGCACCAAGGUCAAGGUGACUGAAGCAGUCAAUGACGAUGCCUGGCUUCACGGCGAGUUUGUCCAAAGCGUGCAAUCUCGAGGAGGUGCUGUCAUCAAGGCCCGUAAGCUCUCCAGCGCCCUCUCUGCCGCCAAGGCCAUCUCCGAUCACAUGCACACCUGGUGGUUUGGAACCCCGGACGGCGAGUUCACCUCCAUGGGAGUGGUCUCGGAUGGCUCAUACGGUACCACAGAAGGCAUUGUCUACUCAUUUCCCGUCAGCGUCAAGAAUGGUCAACUGAACAUUGUCCAAGGCCUUUCUGUGGAUGACUUCUCCCGCGAGAUGAUGGACCGCACAGAUCAAGAACUGACCCAAGAAAAGGAAACGGCUUUGAAGAUCCUUUCGGAUUGA